GCCCCGCCUCGGAGGCUCAGAUGGCUCAGGCGAAGAUCAACGCCAAAGCCAACGAGGGGCGCUUCUGCCGCUCCUCCUCCAUGGCCGACCGCUCCAGCCGCCUGCUGGAGAGUCUAGACCAGCUGGAGCUCAGGGUUGAAGCUUUAAGAGAAGCAGCAACUGCUGUUGAGCAAGAGAAAGAAAUCCUCUUGGAAAUGAUCCACAGUAUCCAAAAUAGCCAGGACAUGAGGCAGAUCAGUGACGGAGAAAGAGAAGAAUUAAAUCUGACUGCAAACCGUUUGAUGGGACGAACCCUCACCGUUGAAGUUUCAGUAGAAACAAUUAGAAAUCCCCAACAGCAAGAAUCCCUAAAGCAUGCCACAAGGAUUAUAGAUGAGGUGGUCAAUAAGUUUCUGGAUGAUUUGGGAAAUGCCAAGAAUCAUUUAAUGUCACUCUACAGUGCAUGUUUGUCUGAGGUGCCACCUGGGCCUGUUGAUCAAAAAUUUCAAUCUAUAGUAAUUGGCUGUGCUCUUGAAGAUCAGAAGAAAAUUAAGAGAAGAUUAGAGACUUUGCUUAGAAAUAUUGAAAAUUCUGACAAGGCCAUCAAGCUAUUGGAGCAUUCUAAAGGAGCUGGUUCUAAAACUCUGCAACAAAAUGCUGAAAGCAAAUUUAAGUAGUCUUGAAACCUAAGGGUACCUACAAAUGAUAUAAAAAUAAUAAGAUGCUAUUUUAGUUCUUUGUCAGGUAUAACCACUUACUUGAUACAGUUGUUUCAGAUGAGGAAAAUACUCCAGUGUUAACAUUUUUGCAAAUAAUAAUUAAAAUUUAAAGUAUUUUAAUUA